AUAUUUCUAAAAGGAUAAGAAUCAUAAUGUUUUUCUGGUGUGUUCUGUUAGGUGUCUCCACUUCACUUAAAUAGUUAUCUUUCACACCUCACUGAGUGAUGCUUAUCUGUGGUUUCCAUUCACAUUCAAAUCAGGAACUAUGGCAACAAAGUGUGGACAAACCCUACUUUCAGUAUGAGCCAAUAUACCUUGUCCUCAUUCUGAUACCAUUGUGAUGUCUAACUGUGUUUCAGUGGUACUGGGUCAGAAAGGAUGGAGUGUGACUUACACCACUCAGAGAAUCUGUGCCUUGAAGGGGUCAACAGUAGAGCUGACUUGUUCUUAUACAUAUCCCAGUGGUACAGUCACAACAACCCUCUGGUUCACUAAUUGGGGGUCUGGUGUAGAACCUGAAGAUCUAGGUCAGGACCCAGAGUAUACAGGUCGUCUGGAGUAUCAUGGGGAUAAGAAGAAAGACUCUAUCCUGAGAAUCACAGACCUGAGAGAGAGUGACUCAGCUACGUACAAAUUCAGAUUACUAACAGAUCAGACCGAAGGGAAAUAUUAUGGAGAUCCUGGAGUCACUCUGUCUGUUACAGCUCUGCAGGUGAAGCUGACUUAUUCAAGUUGGCAAAAUUUGGUGACAAUUACCUGUAUCACCACCUGUACUCUGAGUAACCCCAAACCCACCUACAUCUGGUAUAAGAAUGGACAACAUCAACACGAGAGCACCUCCCCCCAGUACAAAUACUCAGUCUACAGUAACAGUAAAGACAGUUACUCCUGUGCUGUAAAAGGCCAUGAGGAUCUCCACUCUCCAGCAGUGUGUGUUCAGGGUCAGAGCUGCAACACAGUGACUUACACCAAGAGGACAAUCUGUGCCUUGAAGGGGUCAACAGUGUAUAUAUCCUGUACUUAUGACAGUGGUUAUGAUACAGUCAAAUCAUCACUCUGGUUUAGUCCUAAACAGAGAUCUAGGUGGAGUGAUAAGUUGACACCUGAGGACCUAACAAGAGACCCAGGAUAUGCAGGCCGUGUGGAGUACCCUGACAAAGAGAGAUGGAGAUACACUGGUCACUCCACCCUGAGAAUCUCAAAUCUGAGAGAGGAGGACUCAGCUGAGUAUCGCUUCACUUAUAAAACAUACUACUUUGAAUGGGGUCAUAGUUUCCCAGGAACAACUCUGUCUGUCACAGGUCUGCAGGUGAAGGUGACUCCUGCUGCAGAGGGACAGAAGACACUGACCUGUAUCACCACCUGUACUCUGACUGACAACCCCACCUACAUCUGGUACAAGAAUGGACAGAAUGUACAAGGUGUCUCCUCCCCCAUGUACUCCAUCAGCAGUGAGAAUGCAGACAGCUACUUCUGUGCUGUAAAAGGCCAUCUCAGCUCUGCUGCAGUGUAUAAACCAAAGAACACCUCAGUGUCAGUCAGUCCCUCUGGUGAAAUAGUGGAUGGCAGUUCAGUGACUCUGACCUGCAGCAGUGAUGCCAACCCACCUGUCCAGAGUUACACCUGGUGGUACAAGAAGAAUGGAGGUGACAAUCAGAGUAUGACAGGACCACAGCAUGUCUUCAAUCAAAUCCAGUCAUCUGACACUGGAGAGUACUACUGUGAGUCCCAGAAUGAGAUGGGGACAGACAUGUCUAGGACCAUAAACAUGGAUGUGAAGUAUGGUCCAAAGAACACCUCAGUGUCAGUCAGUCCCUCUGGUGAAAUAGUGGAGGGCAGUUCAGUGACUCUGACCUGCAGCAGUGAUGCCAACCCACCUGUGGACAAAUACACCUGGUACAAGAAGAAUGGAGCUUCACUGAGAGGAUCUGAAAAGACAUACAAUUUCACGACCAUCAUCUCUGAGGACAGAGGAGAAUAUUACUGUGAAGCUGAGAAUAAAUAUAGACGUCUCAACUCUUCUUCUGUGUUUGUGGACGUUCAGUACGGCCCAAAGAACACCUCAGUGUCAGUCAGUCCCUCUGGUGAAAUAGUGGAGGGCAGUUCAGUGACUCUGACCUGCAGCAGUGAUGCCAACCCACCUGUGGACAAAUACACCUGGUACUUUCAAAAUGAGACUUUUCUAAAUGGAUGUGGACAGAUGUACAACAUCAGUAACUUCAAGUCUAAGGACAGUGGACAUUACCACUGUGAGGCCUGGAAUAGAAGAGGAUCUAGGAACUCUACAGCUCUGAUGAUCAUUUUACCAGGGAAACAAACCUCAGUUCUGACUGCAGCUGUAGGAAUCACAGUGGUUGUUCUGGUUCUCAUCCUCUGUUUCUCUGGACUCAUGUGGUUCAGGAAGAAGGCCUCCACAUCCACCUCUGACACAAGAGACACAUCAGAGAAUGAUCAGGUGAGUCUGUUACUAUCAGAUUAUGUGUAUUGCUUGGUGGAACAUUUCUACUCCUCAUGUUGUCUGUCCUCUUCCCAUCAGGGAGACUCUAGUCCAGUGUAUGAAAACGUCUCAAGCAUGUCCACAGCCCCUACUGCAGCACAGACAGCAGCCACAGAUGACCAGGAUGAUGUUCACUACUCCAGCGUCCACUUCUCUCACUCCAAAAACCAGGAAGUGCCUCUGUACUCCACCGUCCAAGUGCCUCAGCCCCAGAAAGAGGAUGAGGAUGUCCAGUACGAUGCUGUGAAAUUCAACCUCCCCAGUGCUGCCAACCAACCCACAACAGCACAAGCAGCUGAGGAGUACUCUUCUGUUCUCUACAGUACAGUCAACAAACCUGAAACAAGAAGACCUGAACAUUACAAACCCAGAACCAGGAAGACCUGAACACAACAAACCCAGAACCAAGAAGACCUGAACACAACAAACCCAGAACCAAGAACACCUGAACACAACAAACCCAGAACCAAGAACACCUGAACACAACAAACCCAGAACCAAGAAGACCUGAACACAACAAACCCAGAACCAAGAACACCUGAACACAACAAACCCAGAACCAAGAAGACAACAAACCCAGAACCAAGAAGACCUGAACACAACAAACCCAGAACCAAGAAGACCUGAACAUAACAAACCCUGAACCAAGAAGACCUGAACACAACAAACCCAGAACCAAGAAGACCUGAACACAAGUUUGACAGAAACCCUGUAUAGCUGGACCUGUAUAGUCCAACUAAGUGUUAUAAUAAUCUAUCAUAAGAUUUGCCAUUUAGAAAAUGCUUUUAUCCAAAGCGACUUAUAAUUAUGUGUGAAUACAUUUUACAUGCCGGUGGCCUCAUUGGGAAUGGAAACCAUGCACCAUGCUCUACCAACUGAGACACACAGGACUACUGUAUUCACACUUAGUUGGAGUGCUGAUCUAUGGUCAGUUUUGUCUUAUAAACGAUGCUGUACUUGUCACCUUGCUCCGUUGUGCACCGGGGCCUCCCACUCCUCUUUCUAUUCUGGUUAGAGCCAGUUUGCGCUGUUCUGUGAAGGGAGUAGUACACAGAGUUGUUCCAUGCAAUUUCUCGCAUGGAAUAGCCUUCAUUUCUCAGAACAAGAAUAGACUGACAAGUUUCAGAAGAAAGUUAUUUGUUUCUUGCCAUUUUGAGCCUGUAAUCGAACGCACAAAUACUGAUACUCCAGAUACUCAACGAGUCUAAGGCCAGUUUUAUUGCUUCUUUAAAUCGGGACAACAGUUUUUAGCUGUGCUAACAUAAUUGCAAAAGGGUUUUCUAAUGAUCAAUUAGCCUUUUAAAAUGAUAAACUUGGAUUAGCUAAGAGCUAAGUGACCCCAAACUUUUGACCAGUAGUGUGUGUGUGUGUAUAUAUAUAAAUUAUUCUUAUUUACAUUUUUCAUAAAAAAAAAAUAUACACUUAUAAUCAAAUUUAUAAGAUUAUAUAUGAACAUUCAAUAUUUUCUUUCUAUUUUGUUUCUGUUCUAUUAUACAGUACUGUGCUAUUCUGUUACAUUAUACAGUACUGUGCUAUUCUGUUACAUUAUACAGUACAGUACUGUUCUGUUACAUUAUACAGUACUGUACUGUUCUGUUACAUUAUACAGUACUGUACUGUUCUGUUACAUUAUACAGUACUGUACU